AUGUCGCAGAUCCCCUACGAUUCAAACGAGCGUUAUCAUGCAUCGCACGCCAGUAAUGAUCCGGGUGACGACGAUAAUGUCCCUGGUCCCCGCCGUUCCUCUGCACAGUCCUUCGUGAACUCUUUACUCAAUCCUUUCCGUGCGCUUCGAGAAUCCGGAGCACGACUUGCCACCCGCCUCGGUCGUCCAACGGAUGGAGGGGAUGCUCUGGAUGCGGCUGCUCAUCCCGAACAAUACGGGGCGACGGAGGAUGUGCGCCUGCUGGAUAUGAUGCCGGACGGGCAAGUCCCCCCGGACUCGUACCAAUCGAAGCUGCAGAAUACUUUGGUCUCGGAAGCUCGCUUUCUAGUCCGGAAAUUGGGCGUUGGGGGGAAGCUUCCAGAGGAUACCGACGUGCCUGACGACCGUGAUGUCAAUCGCGGCGUGUUCUCCUACCUCCUGCAGCAUCAAAUGGAUCAGGGUCAUCGUCGAAAUGUUAGUCAAGCCAGUAUUUCCACGGUCGCUUCCGAGGACGAACCUUCCCCGUCGGGGGCCAAUAACAAGAAACGUCGGAAGCAAAAGUGGUAUGAGGAUGAAGAAGGAGAUCGGUCAAAGGGCAAACGACCUAUGAAACAGAUUCGAUUGACGAAACAUAUCGCGGCGAUUUUGACCCGCCAACGAUACAUCAUGCUGCUGUGCCGUGCAAUGAUGAAAUACGGCGCCCCAACCCAUCGGUGCAUGAUCGUCUCCUUCGACGAUCCGCUCACCAGGACCGCCGAAGUGCACAUGAUUUCCGUCGUGCAGGGGUUGGAGCUGGGACGUCUCGCUCGCACGCACAACAUCUAUAAAAACGUGGUCCAUGACCGAGUCAGCGUCGAACAGGCCAUCAGCGAACUUAACCAGCUCAUGGAGCGUAAAAGUCGCUACCAUAGCGCGUGGAGCUUGAUCUUUCUGUCCGGGUUAGCCAGUGUGGCCGUCGGGCCCUGGGCCUUUGACGCGCGGCCGAUCGAUAUGCCGAUUAUCUUUGUCCUCGGCUGCCUGCUCGGGUUCAUGCAGAACGUGCUCGCCCCGGCGUCGCCCGUCUAUUCCAACGUCUUCGAGGUCAGCGUCGCUAUCCUGAUGUCAUUCUUGGCGCGUGCGUUUGGUAGCAUUCGCGUCGGGGGAGAGCCGGUGUUCUGUUUCUCUGCUCUGACCCAGUCCUCGAUCGCGCUGAUCCUGCCGGGGUUCUCCGUUCUGUGCAGCAGUCUUGAGUUACAGUCCCACCAGAUCGUGGCUGGCUCGAUCCGCUUAGUUUAUACGAUCAUCUACUCCCUCUUUUUGGGAUACGGAAUCACGGUGGGCAUCACGAUCUAUGGUCUCCUCGACAACAAUGCCACCACGGAGUCCUCUUGCCCGUCGGCGAGUCUCUCGAUCUAUGGUAACGAAUACAUUCAGCACUUUGUCUUCGUCGCGAUUUACUGUGCCGUCGCCGCGGUGCUCAACCAGGCGCGGUGGAAGCAACUCCCGGUCACGGUCUUCUUGGGUGUGAGCGGGUACGUCGCGAACUAUUUCAGCCAGGCGUUGGAUGGUCGACUGGCGAGUACUAUUUCUGCGUUUGCCAUUGGUCUGCUGGCCAACCUGUAUUCGCGCCUGUGGCAUGGGCAUGCGGCGGCGGCGAUUGUCCCGGGCAUGUUCACCCUGGUCUCGUCAGGUCUGGCGACGAGCGGAUCGAUCAUGUCGGGGUUGGCCUAUGCUGAGUCGGUCAAAAAUAAUACGGUUGCUAAAGCGUCCGGCUCCAACACGGCCGUACAACAGUCCUUGUACGGUCUGGGCCUCAGUAUGGUUCAAACCGCCCUGGGUAUCACCGUGGGGUUGUUUUUUUCGGCCUUGGUCGUGUAUCCCCGCGGCAAACAGAGAAGCGGACUGUUCAAUCUUUGA